ACUGAGCACAGAUUCAAACUCACCUGACCAGCUGUUAACUUCAACUUAGAAGACAACAAGCUUCACAAUGGACUCCCUCGUGACAGCCAAUACCAAUUUUUGCUUGGAUCUUUUUCAAGAACUAAAUAAAGGUGAUGAACCAGCAAAUAUCUUCGUCUGUCCUCUGAGUAUUUCAGUUGCCUUUGGCAUGAUCAGCCUAGGGGCUAAAGGCUGUACUGCAGAUCAGAUCAAUGAAGUGCUACACUUCAAUGAAGUUUCACAAAACAAAAGCACAGAACCUGAAACUUCUUCGAAAGGAAAAAGUCAAGAAGACCAAGGGGACCAACAAAAGACAUCAGAACCUCCAAAUACACAGAAUACGACAUCCUUGAGUAAUGGGUAUAAAGAUUCUGACUCCUACUUUGGGAACCUGCUCAAGAAGCUGGACAGGAUAAAAUGUGAUUACACCCUGAGUAUAGCCAACAGGCUGUAUGGAGAGCAGGAAUUUCCAAUCUGUCCUGCAUAUUCAGAUAAUGUGAUGGAAUUUUAUCAUACAACCAUUGAAAGUGUGGAUUUUCGAAAAGAUACAGAAAAAUCCAGACAACAAAUUAAUUUCUGGGUUGAAUGUCAAACUCAAGGUAAAAUCAAGGACCUCUUUGACAAAGACAACAUUACUGAUUCCACAGUCCUGGUGCUGGUGAAUGCUGUCUACUAUAAGGCCAAAUGGGAAAAAAGUUUUGACCAUGAAAAAACAGAAGAUUCACCUUUUUGGCUAAACAAGAAUGAACAGAAAAGUGUGAAGAUGAUGAGACAGCAGAAUACAUUUAAAAUUGGUUAUAUUGAAGAAUUAAAGACUCAGAUUCUUGAGAUGAAGUAUAUCAAGGGAAAACUCAGCAUGUUUGUGCUGCUUCCUGAGGACUUCACUGGAAUGGAAGAACUUGAAAAGAAUAUGACUCAUGAAAAAAUAACAGAAUGGACCAGUCCUACUAUUAUGUAUGAUGAAAUGGUAGACAUCUCCUUUCCUCAGUUCACCAUGGAAAGCAACUUGGAUCUCAGUGCUAUUCUCCAAAAAAUGGGGAUCACAGAUGUCUUUGAGGAAGCCAAAUGUGAUCUUACAGGAAUGUCUUCAAGCCCUAAUCUGUAUUUGUCAAAAGCUGUCCACAAGACAUUUCUAGAGGUUAAUGAGGAUGGUACCCAAGCAGCAGCUGCCACAGGAACCGUGGUCGCUACAAGGUCUGUGUCACCUUAUGUGACAUUUAAUGCCAAUCACCCAUUUUUGUUUUUCAUCAGAGAAAACAAAACAAACACCAUCCUUUUCUAUGGCAAAGUCUACUCUCCUUGAGAAUGGAUCUAUUUUCCUCUGCUUCAUGGGAUAGCAAGAAAACGGUAUAACAUGCGUAUUAGGGACCAGUAUUAGAAUUUGUCAGUAAUUUGUCCAAUCCCAUCAGCUCUAACUCCCAGCUAUUAACCAACGUCACUUCCGGUUUCUCUUCUGGGGGUUCAUGAAACACGAUAGCCAAUAAAUUUCUUUCUUUCUUGACAGUUCACCUGCCAGCUCCUAGGUCCACUUAUCUUCAUUGACUUCCCCACUCCAAGAUUUCCACAUUAACAAAGUUCAGAAAAAUGUUUAUUUUCUUUCUUAUUUUGUUUUUCUGUGUAACUAAUGAAACAAGUGAAUGUACUCAGAAAAGGAACAGGUUCUAUUAGAUAACAAUUUAAGAAAAACAGAAGUCUUGGAAUUAUAGUUAAAUGAAAAAUGCUUUUCAUAAGUCACUGUGUCAGACACUAUGCCAAUUCCAUUCAAUAUACAUUUAAGUGUCUACUACAGAAAGUACUGCAGUCCAGACAAACCCUAAAGUGCGAAAAACAAAACUAGAUACAUCUAGAUUAACACUUACUAAAAGUUGAAAAUCAGAUUAGAUUUAUCCUUUCCUUAGUGAACAGGAAUAUGCUAAAUAUGCAUUCCUUUCAGAGACAAGGAAGAUGACAUUUCUCAGAAUCUGAGUCAUAGAAAAAUCAUGUUUUGUCCACUAUAAAUGCUGAGAAAUAAAACUCACAUUUAUAGGGAGAGGGAUUAGUUAACCUUUCUGAUGUCUUCCUUGUUAACAUAUCAUCUGUACUGAUUUUAAAAUGUUCCUUUAAACAAAGAUGGUUUGCUAAUUAAAAUGUCCAAAUCAUGUUGCCAAGUAAUAAAAAAAAAUUGUUUUUUAUUGAGCAAAACAAGAAAGAUGUGAAGUAUAAUCCACAUAAGCUUUGACUAUGUUAUUUAAAUGGUUAAUGUAGAAAGGAAUGAAAUAAACAUUUAUUAAAUGUC